AUGGCGCGGCCGUUCCUCGUGACUCUUUGCUGUCUCCUGCUCUCCGUCUCGUUGCUCCCGUCUCUCUCGCCGUCCGCCCAAGCGGCUUCCGUUCCCUCCAACGAGGACACACAGGCGGCAACCCCAAAAGAGAGCGGCUGUGCAGCGCCGCCGUGUGGGUCUAAUGGGGAAACCUCCGCGGCCGCCGCCGCUCGAGCGUCGGCCGAGGCGCAGGACGCCGAGGAGCCUCAGUCGGCGAGGGAAGAUGCCGGGGCGACCGCACCGCCGUCGCAGUCAGUCGCCUCCCCGGCAGUUGAUCCCUCCCUGAGCAACACCGCGACGAGUUCCGAUUCGCUCGCUCGUGAGGCCUCGGUAUUCUCGAGCGACGAGGCGAGAGGCGAUGGCGGAGAGCACUCUUGGACGGCGUUCACAGGCGCGGCGGAAAACCGCGCGCUCCGCGGAAGCUCAGGGGGUUGGGCGUCUCUCGGCCCUCUGGACGCCUUGCCUAUGGCUUCGCCGAGCGUGCCGCUCUGGACGCAGGUUCCGGUCGACAGUGAAGACUCGCGAGCGGCAGGAACCGGACAGUCGGUUGUCGCGAGCAACGCGGGGGAGACCGUCGAUGCUGUCGAAUUCGUUCUGCCUGCGGUCAAGGAAGGCGACGCAGGCGUGGCGCAAGGCGCGCACUUGCCGGAUGCCCCAGAGCCCGUUGCGGGGUCGGCGUCGUCUCGCAAAGCCGAGGGCGGAGACGUAGCUGCAGAAGAGGCAAGAGGCACACGGGCCGCAGCCCAGACAGGGGGACCGGUCGACUCGCCUGCGCAAUCUGGAAACCUGCAGCUCGCCGAGCCUCGCACGCCUUCCGCUGGGGCCUCAGGCGCCCACGACGGAGACAAGGGCGGAGGCACCGUCGCGGCCGACGCAGAGCACGGCGAUGUGGCUGGGCACCUUCUUGCGUCUCAGGUCUCCACAGACAUCGGGGAGGACGGGAUGCCGGCGAACGACGAGAGCGGAAAGCAGUCCGUGACAGAGGCCAGGGACAAGACGCGUGAGAGCGGCAAGGCAUCCCGCCAAACAAGCGAAACAGGCUGGAGGAGAGGGAUCUACGCGGUUCGGGACCAUCUGGCGUCUACCUGGAAAGCCAUCCAAUUCUUUCCCCUCUCAAUUUGGUCAAAGGCGAAGAAGAUGCGGCUGAUCGCCGGCGGAAAGCUGCCGCUGUCCUGGCAGACGUUUAUGGCUCGGUUGCCGCGCGUCGACGCGAAGACGGUUCCGGAGUUCCGCAGGCUGCAAGCGCAGUUGGUGCGCGAGGAUCGCAUGGUGAUGCUGGUGAAAUCUCCGUCCAAGGCGCUGAGGAGGCUGGUCCGAGCGGCGAAGCGCGCCAUGGGGUUGGCGGCCAGGGGAAAAACCCUGGAGGGCCGAAAGGACGGGGAGCGCAACAAGAGGGAACGUCCAGAGCCUCUCGCGAUCAAGGGGCGUGUGUUUGACCACCAUUACGCGGCCAUCGUCGGUCUGGAGGUGAACGGACAGCUCUGGGCCGCGCCGAAGAGCGUCUUCAUCCUGCCGGCCUACGGAGCCUGGAUCUCUCCCCUGGUCUUGCCCGAGAAGAAGCGCACAAAUGACGGAGACACCAAGCAAGAGAAGGAACUAUUCACGGCCUUCGUCGUCAUGCCGCGCGCUCGCGGCGACGUCCGGGACUACCUCUGCAAGCGGUCGAACCCCGUGAAUGUCAAGUACGCCGCAGCGGAAAUGCUCUAUUCCGUCCACCAGCUUCACCGCGCAGGCUUUCUUCACAGAGACAUCAAGCCGACAAACUUCUUCGUGAGCUUCGACGGCCACGUGCUGCUUGCGGACUUUGACGGUGUCUGGCCGAUCGGCGUCCCAGCGCAGGCGGACAAGUAUCUCGUGUACACCCGGGGCUACUUGGCGCCGGAGAUCAACCCGCAGGACCGAAUCAUUUUGAGCACAGAGAAGUCCGAUGUGUUUUCUCUGGGCGUGUGCCUGAGAGAUCUCGCGGAACGGUGCCCGCAUCACGCCGAUGUGGAGAAGCUGCGCGACCUGAGCGACAAGAUGACAGACGUGGAUCCCCGACGGCGAAUCACGCUGCAGGAAGCGAUGCGCCACAACUUCUUCGAAGGCGUCGAUUUCGACACCCUCGAGGAGCUAAAGCAUCCACCGCCCUUCCCUGGGGAUUUCCAAAUUAGUGCCACGUUCUAUCACUAG